AUGGAGUAUCUCGUCACACUGCUUCUUCUUCUAUCCUGCCCUAUUAUAUCAAGAUCCACCGGCAAUUUUGAUGAUUGUCGCUUACAGGUUGAUACUUUCGAUACCUGUGUUUUUAACCUUCUGAAGGAAAAUAAUGGUAACUGCACUCUCCUUUGCAACAAUACAACUUCGCUCAUUGAAUGUUUGAAAAGCUGCAUCAUGGUGAAACUCGACACAGCUUUGCUCGAACAUUUUACACCUCACGAAAACGAUUCAGUGGACGUUACGAUUUUCGAGGUAAAUGAGACCUCGUUGAGUAGCGCUGACGUUGUGGGCACAUUAUCUACCCAUCUUUCUUCUUUGCAAAACAGUCCGUUUUCAACGCCUAGAACUGGAAUGAUAGAUCCUAUAAAGAGAACCUCUCUAGCAUUUGAAUCUACUCUGCAUCUGGAAGAACCGUCUGUGUCCACCAAAUCUGCAAAGGAUGCAACCGCGACCUUUGAAACCAGUGCUUCGCCACAGAUCGAUGUAACUGCAGCCACAGAAAAGAAUGAAAAACCCGUUUUGGAAACUAAAACUAUCCUUCGAACAACAGCACCUCCACAUGCUGAUAUACCUAGCCCUACCAAAAAGAACGAAGAAACUGCAGUGGAUACAACCAAUAUCCAAGAAACUAAUGCCCAUGUACCUGGACAAACCGAAAACAAUGAAGCAACCGUGUUGUAUACAACAAAUAUCCUUGAAACUAAUGCAUCAGAAGAUGAUAUGUCCGGAGCUACCGAAAAUGAUGAGGAGACUGGAAUAGAUACAAGUAACACAGACGAAACCGAUGCACCGCAUAAUGAUAUGACUGGCGCUACCGAAAAGGAAGAAGGAACUGGAAUGGAUACAAGUAAUGCACACGAAACUGAUGUACCACAAGAUGAUAUGACUGGUGCUACCGAAAAGGAAGAAGGAACUGGAAUGGAUACAAGUAAUCCACACGAAACUGAUUUACCACAAGAUGAUAUGUCUGGAGCUACCGAAAAUGAUGGAGGGAGUGGAAUAGAUACAGGGAACACCGAUGAAACCGAUGCACCGCAGAAUGAUGUGACUGGAGCAACCAAAGAUGCAGAAGGGAGUGGAAUAGACACAAGUAACACAGACGAAACCGAUGCACCGCAGAAUGAUAUGACUGGAGCUACCAAAAAUAAUGAAGAGACUGGAAUGGAUACAAGUAACGCGCACGAAACCGAUGCACCGCAGAAUGAUAUGACUGGAGCUACCGAAAAUAAUGAGGAGACUGGAAUAGACACAGGUAACACAGGCGAAACCGAUGCACCGCAGAAUGAUAUGACUGGAGCUACCAAAAAUAAUGAAGAGACUGGAAUGGAUACAAGUAACGCGCACGAAACCGAUGCACCGCAGAAUGAUAUGACUGGAGCUACCAAAAAUAAUGAAGAGACUGGAAUGGAUACAAGUAACGCGCACGAAACCGAUGCACCGCAGAAUGAUAUGUCUGGAGCUACCGAGAAUGAUGGAGGGAGUGGAAUAGAUACAGGGAACACAGAUGAAACCGAUGCACCGCAGAAUGAUAUGACUGGAGCUACCAAAAAUAAUGAAGAGACUGGAAUGGAUACAAGUAACGCGCACGAAACCGAUGCACCGCAGAAUGAUAUGUCUGGAGCUACCGAGAAUGAUGGAGGGAGUGGAAUAGAUACAGGGAACACAGAUGAAACCGAUGCACCGCAGAAUGAUGUGACUGGAGCUACCGAAAAUGAUGGAGGGAGUGGAAUAGAUACAGGGAACACAGAUGAAACCGAUGCACCGCAGAAUGAUGUGACUGGAGCAACCAAAGAUGCAGAAGGGAGUGGAAUAGACACAAGUAACACAGACGAAACCGAUGCACCGCAGAAUGAUAUGACUGGAGCUACCAAAAAUAAUGAAGAGACUGGAAUGGAUACAAGUAACGCGCACGAAACCGAUGCACCGCAGAAUGAUAUGACUGGAGCUACCGAAAAUAAUGAAAAGACUGGAAUGGAUACAAGUAACGCGCACGAAACCGAUGCACCGCAGAAUGAUAUGACUGGAGCUACCAAAAAUAAUGAAGAGACUGGAAUGGAUACAAGUAACGCGCACGAAACCGAUGCACCGCAGAAUGAUAUGUCUGGAGCUACCGAGAAUGAUGGAGGGAGUGGAAUAGAUACAGGGAACACAGAUGAAACCGAUGCACCGCAGAAUGAUGUGACUGGAGCUACCGAAAAUGAUGGAGGGAGUGGAAUAGAUACAGGGAACACAGAUGAAACCGAUGCACCGCAGAAUGAUGUGACUGGAGCAACCAAAAAUAAUGAAGAGACUGGAAUGGAUACAAGUAACGCGCACGAAACCGAUGCACCGCAGAAUGAUAUGUCUGGAGCUACCGAGAAUGAUGGAGGGAGUGGAAUAGAUACAGGGAACACAGAUGAAACCGAUGCACCGCAGAAUGAUGUGACUGGAGCUACCGAAAAUGAUGGAGGGAGUGGAAUAGAUACAGGGAACACAGAUGAAACCGAUGCACCGCAGAAUGAUGUGACUGGAGCAACCAAAGAUGCAGAAGGGAGUGGAAUAGACACAAGUAACACAGACGAAACCGAUGCACCGCAGAAUGAUAUGACUGGAGCUACCAAAAAUAAUGAAGAGACUGGAAUGGAUACAAGUAACGCGCACGAAACCGAUGCACCGCAGAAUGAUAUGACUGGAGCUACCGAAAAGGAAGGAGGAACUGGAAUGGAUACAAGUAAUUCACACGAAACUGAUUUACCACAAGAUGAUAUGACUGGAGCUACCGAAAAUAAUGAGGAGACUGGAAUAGACACAGGUAACACAGACGAAACCGAUGCACCGCAGAAUGAUAUGACUGGAGCUACCGAAAAUAAUGAGGAGACUGGAAUAGACACAGGUAACACAGACAAAACCGAUGCACUGCAGAAUGAUAUGACUGGAGCUACCGAAAAUGGUGGAGGGAGUGGAAUGGAUACAAGCGACAAAGACGAAACCGAUGCACCGCAGAAUGAUAUGACUGGCGCUACCGAAAAGGAAGGAGGAACUGGAAUGGAUACAAGUAACGCGCACGAAACCGAUGCACCGCAGAAUGAUAUGACUGGAGCUACCGAAAAUGAUGAGGAGACUGGAAUAGACACAGGUAACACAGACGAAACCGAUGCACCGCAGAAUGAUAUGACUGGAGCUACCGAAAAUAAUGAGGAGACUGGAACCGACACGGGUAACACAGACGAAACCGAUGCACCGCAGAAUGAUAUGACUGGCGCUACCGAAAAGGAAGGAGGAACUGGAAUGGAUACAAGUAAUUCACACGAAACUGAUUUACCACAAGAUGAUAUGACUGGAGCUACCGAAAAUAAUGAGGAGACUGGAACAGAUACAGGUAACACAGACGAAACCGAUGCACCGCAGAAUGAUAUGACUGGAGCUACCGAAAAUGAGGAAAAAGAUGAUCACGGUGACAUUUCAAGCGAUGCGAACUCCCACGAAUCUCUUUUCACAGAAUGGACUUCCAACUCUGACAUGGAUAAAAGCGAAGAGAAUUCAGUGGAGCCAGAUAAUGCACGUGGUACCCCUGACUCAACGGCAUCCACCGACGAACAUAGCUCGAACGAGACACUUAACACUAAUGAAGGGCACACAAACACCGAAGCAGCUUACGGUGAGAGAACAAGCACUGUGGAACGCACUGAGGAAACUAUCGAAGCAGAUGUCGUUACCAUAAUAACAGACGAUUUUACGAAAGACGCUGCAAUGAAUUCACAAGGAUCAGGAAAUGGAGAACAACAUCGUUCAACACUCGAUGGAGACCACGUGAAUGGAGCAACGAACUACUAUUUCACAGGAAAUGCCGCAGGAGAAGAGAUCACCACUGCACAUACUGGCGACGCCUCCAAAAUCGUUGACUUCAGCACACUUUUUCCUCAGAUUUCACAUGGCGUGCACUCUUCUACAAGGAAUGAUACUCAGGAUCUGAUUCAGCAAGAAGGUACGAGCCAAAUGCUUCGUAAUCACACAACCAUAGCUUCCUAUUCUGGAAGUGCCGUACCGAUUCGCAACGUUACUAUUGGUUCUGUAAAACCAGACAUCUCAGCUACUUCGCGAACAUCAUACAGUCUUAUAGAACAAGGGAGCAGUGUAAGCAACGAUAGACCUCGGACUGUUUAUUCGGGCACCACACAUCAGUUCAGUACUUCUUCCCGAAGCACCUAUGAAGAAGUUAAGGAAGCAGAAACUGUUAUCGGAAGCAGAUCCACAACCAUGAUGAGGUUUUCCAGCGAUGGUGCAAGUGGCGAAGACUCAGCUACAAAUAAAGAGGAAGUCACUAAGCCAGACAUAAUCAUCCCAGGCGAGGAAAUCACUGCAAAUCCAGACCAUCCACUAGAUCACAAAAACUUUACUCAAAGUCCAGAUGAUUCGUCUAAGUUCAAUAACAUCACUGUGAGCUCGUACCCGUCGCAGGAGCACGAGGACAUUACUGUAAGUCCCUAUCCUAUCUCGGUUGGAUACCACAGAUCUUCUUCAACGAGGAGAAAAGUAACUAACUCAGUUACUCUUAGUUCAACAACAGGAGCAGAGAACGAAUUGAAGGUAAUCAACGAGACUACAGUGCAUCUACCGAAUGGAACCAUUUUAGUUCAUCAACUUCUGCUUUAUCCAAACGGAAGCCUACUCUAUGAAACAGUCACGAAGAAGUCAUCAGUGGAAGUCACCACACGAUUAACGCACAAUAGAAACGCGUCUACAUCACCAACAACAACAACAGCACAGUGGGCGAGCACCUCACCAAACUGUACCAACUCUCCCCUUUAUAUUCCUAAUGCCGACACCGUCGACCGUCAAAAGGAAAACGCGAUCGUCACAUGCAAAUCCGGAUUUGUAUUCCAGGACGGCGGCCCGUUACAUAUUUUUAGUUGUUCCUCACUGAAUGAAUGGAUCGUGUCCUCAAAUGAUUCGUGUCAAGCAAUAACAUGUCCACAGAUAGAAUUGGACCUCUCGAACAGCUUAUCUCCCUCAGCGAACUCUCCAGAGUUAUCGGGUCGACAACCGCCAAGGACCAUGGUCAUUCACACGUGCGCUGUUUCCUACGUCUUCACCAAAACUCAACAGCCGUUGAAAAUUUACGAAUGCAUGGAGAAUGGUAAAUGGACCAGCAAUUACAACGGCGACAAAUGCGAAUAUGUACAGCCUCGAUCGAUGAACCGAAAUGAUCUAUGA